CUCCUCGUCCUCCGCUCACAGCCACCGCCUCCGCCUCCGCCGGGCUGAGGAGCCGGGAGUCCGCCGCGCCGGCUCGGGGCUGCGGGAUGGGGAGUUAGCGCCACGGCGGCGGCAGUGGCCGCAGCGCACCCCGCCGCCGCCCAGGAGCCCGUCCAGCCAGGGGUGCCGGGCGCGCCCAGCCCGCCCCGGAGCCAGGCCCGCGGGCGGCGGCGGAGCUGCGCAGGUGGAUGCGGCUGGAAGAUGGCGCCCUCGGGCCCGGGCAGCAGCGCCAGGCGGCGGUGCCGGCGGGUGCUGUACUGGAUCCCGGUGGUGUUCAUCACCCUCCUGCUCGGCUGGUCCUACUACGCCUACGCCAUCCAGCUGUGCAUAGUGUCCAUGGAAAACACUGGCGAACAAGUUGUGUGCCUGAUGGCCUAUCAUCUACUUUUUGCAAUGUUUGUCUGGUCAUACUGGAAAACUAUAUUUACAUUACCAAUGAAUCCUUCAAAAGAAUUCCAUCUCUCUUAUGCGGAGAAAGACUUGUUGGAGAGAGAGUCAAGAGGAGAAGCCCAUCAGGAAGUUCUUAGGCGAGCAGCCAAGGACCUUCCCAUCUAUACCAGGACCAUGUCUGGAGCCAUCCGAUACUGUGACAGAUGCCAACUUAUAAAACCAGAUCGCUGCCAUCACUGCUCCGUCUGUGAUAAGUGUAUUUUGAAGAUGGAUCAUCAUUGUCCAUGGGUGAACAAUUGUGUUGGAUUUUCAAAUUAUAAGUUCUUUCUCCUUUUCUUGGCUUAUUCUCUGCUCUACUGCCUUUUUAUUGCGGCAACAGAUUUACAGUAUUUUAUCAAAUUUUGGACAAAUGGCCUACCUGAUACUCAAGCCAAGUUCCAUAUUAUGUUUUUAUUCUUUGCUGCAGCUAUGUUUUCUGUCAGCUUGUCUUCUCUGUUUGGCUAUCAUUGUUGGCUAGUCAGCAAAAAUAAAUCUACAUUAGAGGCAUUCAGAAGUCCAGUAUUUCGACAUGGAACAGAUAAGAAUGGAUUCAGCUUGGGUUUCAGUAAAAACAUGCGACAAGUUUUUGGUGAUGAGAAGAAGUACUGGUUGCUACCCAUUUUUUCAAGUCUAGGUGAUGGCUGCUCCUUUCCAACUUGCCUUGUUAACCAGGAUCCUGAACAAGCAUCUACUCCCGCAGGGCUGAAUUCCACAGCUAAAAAUCUCGAAAACCAUCAGUUUCCUGCAAAGCCAUUGAGAGAGUCCCAGAGCCACCUUCUUACUGAUUCUCAGUCUUGGACGGAGAGCAGCAUAAACCCAGGAAAAUGCAAAGCUGGUAUGAGCAAUCCUGCAUUAACCAUGGAGAAUGAGACUUAACUCUUCAAGCAAGAUAAAUUCAUACUUUAUAAAAGUAUCAAUGCUGUAGAUGGAUGGAAGAGGCUUCCCACAGGAAGAUGCCACCAGUCAGUUGCACCUAUGUCCCUUUGGCUGGAAAUGCAGAAUAUGAAUUGAUUAGUUCUCUCCAAGCCAUUGCUUAAAAUAUAACAUGUUUUGGAUCCAGUACACACAUUGUUACAACUAACACAAAUUCCUAUUAAAUAUUAAAAGUAGUUCUGGUUUAUUAAUCAAUGGGGAAAACAUCUUCUCCGAAAAACUUGGAAUAAAUCCGAGGACCAGUUUUUACCCAAAUAUAUGGGUAGCACAGUUUAUCACACAGAAACUCCAUUAAUCAUCUGAUUUUCCGAAUCUGAAAAUUGAGACUAUUAAGAUAUUAAGAUUUCAGAGAUUUCAAGUCACAUUAUAAUGAUAAGCGUUAUUCAUAAAACUUGUUACCUUUAAGAAGGUGGAAGUGGCAAACCAUACUACUUUUUUUUCCUCUAAUGUGAAUCCAGCCUCAGACUGAGUGCACUGUAAUAAUUAUGAAUUCAUUACAGAGUCCAGGUGGCCUGCAGUUGAAGAUCAUCAACCAUUUUUGCCUCACUUAAUUCCAGCCUUUUGUUUUCUGCUGGAAAAUAAGUGUGGACAUUGAAGCUUGAGCUCUCAAAGCAGUUGGCUGGAAUACUUUUGUCAGAAUACAGUACAUUUCUAUUACAUCAGAAAUGUAUUUUCAUCUCUUCUUGUUAAAUUGGGAGGAAAUUUACGAUAGCAAUUAUGAAGAUUGUUUUAUGACAUUCUUUUGUCAGUUUGGCUUUCUAAAAAUCUCUUUUUAGAUUAUUUCUCCUGUUGAAGAUAGUAAAAAUAUUGAAUUUCUCUUAAGAAUUCCUAAUAGGUCAAUAGAUUUACCCUCCAGUGAUAUCUAUAUUAUUUCUUUCUCAUCUCAUCAAAAUGAUGACAGGUAAACUAUAUUUUUCCUUAAACACCUAUUACAAUUAAAUUAUGCAAAUCAUUAAAUACAAAUCAUACAACUUUUGGAAAGUUAGUUUAACAUGAACUAAAAUGGCAUGCUGUUUGGAAAUUUAGUUUGAGAUAAACUGAAGUGGUGUGUUUGUUGAUGCCAGAAUGUUCAGCUUCAGUAAAUAUAAUAAGCUCUUGUGCCUUGUAUGCACUAUUUUAAAAAAGUUUUUUUUAUUUGAGUCCAGUAUAAUUUAUGUAAAUGUUAACAAUUAGAAUAAUACUCUGUAUGCUUUUUUUGGUACUGAUUUUGAGAAUUUAAAGCAGAUUACCUUUUAAAACUGGACCAACUAAGUAAUUGGUAUUUAAUCAAAGAGAAAAUGGUAAUAAACUUUUCAAAAUCUUUGUUAAACCAAACAUUCAACACAAAAUAAACUAGAAGGCCAGAGGAUAAUGGAAUAAAGGAUCAUUGCAAUUACUUAUCCUUCCUAAAAGUAUAGUUUUAUAUUAAUUGUGCUUAUGGAAGAAACAAUGUCAGCCAAGUCCACUUUAUAGUUUGAGUGCAAUUCAAAGAAUUCAAACAAUACAAAAAUCUGCAGUCUUUUACAGAUUUGUUUUAAGCUGAAGAGUUUCAUCUGACAAUCUGCUUCAAGAAAUCUCAGAAAAUAGGAUAACAUUUUAACUUUCAUUUUAGAGCACGUUUUGGUCAUUUUUUAAAAUACCUAAAGUGCCAGACUGGAACCUAUAGCUACUGCUAGAAGUCUUAAAACCAACAGCAGCACAGGAUGUAUUAAGAAUUAUAUGAAGUCAGGUUUUGUUUUGUUUGUUUCAAAGCACAGUACUGUUAGCUGUUUUUGUGGACAGGAUUCGAUUAAGUAUUCCCUCUUGUCAAACUGGAAGCUAGGGGAAAAAGAGGGAUUUUUAUCUUUUACUCUGCUAGAGUACUGUUAAUGCCCCUUUCCUGCGGUCUUUUAUAUAAUUAAAUAUAUGUCAAUACACAUUAGAAUCAGAUUUGAAAAAGUUAAAACAAUUUCAUUGUUGUAAUUGUUCCCUUUCUGUUUUCAUAUAGUGAAUAACCUUAAAGGGUUGUUUUGUUUUGAAUUAUAGGAGUUAUAAUUUUUGGAGAUGAUUGCAUAUCUCAUUAGAUAUGCAACAUAAAUUUAUCUGAGUGAACAAAGUGCUAAAUAAAUAAAUCUACAUUUUGUACAUAUUUAUAUAAAAUUUACCUGUAAGUAUUUACUUUUAAAAAUUUAAUGGCUUAACUCGAACUUGAAGACACAUACUUCAACUGUCCUUAUUGUCCAUUAAACUGAUAAUUUUGAUUUUUCUUGUUUUUAUAGAUUUCACUAUAUAGGAAUCAAGAUUUAAGAAAUUUUGCAUUAAAAAUAGUGUACCAAUGCUUCAUAUACGUUAGUUAUUUACUAUUAUGUAGGGAAGAGGAUUGUUAUUUCAAAGAUAUAUUAAAGAACAGUUGCAUCUGAAUAUAAUCAUGAUGCAUUCAAUGAAGUUCAUAUCUGUGAAUUCACUCCUAAUACACCCUAAUAAAGUGGUUGAUCACCUUCAUUAUAUGUCUAUAAGAAAUUGCCUUUGCACUGACAAUGUAAAUUAUUUUAAGCAUAAAUUUUCCUAAUAGUUUAUUAGAGCUGCUAAUGGCAAAAUUCAUGUCUUCAAUGUGGCCAUAACAUAGGUCUUUGGGGGAGGGGUGGUGAGAAGAUAAGGUAUUUACUUCGUAGUAGUUAAGUGAUUCUGAGGACAAUUAGACUAUAAAAUUCAAGUACACUGUAAUCAAUAGACAACUAUUGGAAAUAUGGCAUAUGUUGACAAACAACUAGGGAAAUCAAAGAUAUAAAUCAUGUUUAUAAAAAAUUACGCAUGCAAUCAUGUGAUUCAUGCUUCAAGAAAACAUAUGAAAAAAGUGUUACUCCAUUAUGUUAUAAACUAGCAGAUUUUCCCUGUUUUGAAAUAACGUAAACGGGCUCGGCUGAUUCUUAAGUAGUACUGUAUCCUUCGGUAUUUAUAUUGUCAAAUACUUGUUUGUAAAAGUGAUGGUUCUGAUACCUUUGAUCAAACAUAGAUACAAACCUCAGAAAAUGGUAAAUGCAAAGCAGUUUACAUUGUAAAUCAUGAUGAAGGUGUCCUCCAGCACAACCAUCCCACCCACACACCUAGACUACAGAUUCUGAUCUGUGAGUAUUUUGACCAAAGUGACAUUUCAACAAGUGGAUUUUUCACAAAUAACACGUGUUUAAUAUCUUUCUGCAGAAACGUGUUCUUCUAAAGCAGAAAACCACCUGGCUUAAUCCCAAAUGUUUUACACUUCUUUUCCACAUACUUAGCCAGUUCAGCACCAAUUUCCUCUUAUAUGUGGAAGGUGACUAUGUUACAUACCUGAAGUAUUUGUUACUCUUUUACAAAGAUACCACUAGAAUUUUCUCACUUUGCCUUGGUAAAAAUUCCUAGAUGGCUACUUUUUAUUGCAAGUGUUAGCAAUUUGAUCUUGUAAUGCCAUGAAAAGCAUUAAGUAGAAGCCAAUAUUAACCUAGAUUUUACAACUGACCAAUCUGUUCCCCACCAGAUUUCCUUUAGAAUUUAUUACCAAAGGAUCUUAUUUUGUUACAGAACACAGGAAAUUGUUAUACUUUAUAAUGUUGCAAACCAUGCAUUUUCCUUUUCUCUUUUCCAUAAGAUUUAUUUUUUUAUUGUAGUAGUGCCCUGGCUUGUCAACAGUGGACAUCACUGAAAGGAUGGAAUCAAGUAGGCUUGUUUCAAAGAAACUCCUGUGAAUCAGCUAUGAAUAUGAAGUAUCUCCCAGAACAAUGUUCAGUGUUUCAGGAGACUCUGAAACAGGGCACCCAUUUUUUUUCCUUCCUCAAAAUAGUCUCCUUGAAAUGUGAGCAAAGAACUAUGAUGAUGCAGUCCAGGUAUCUAAUAGCUCAAUCACCAACACCCUCUGAGAAUUGUUCCUAUACCAGCAAAAAGUUCAAAUACAAUAAUCUGGGCAAUGCCAACAGAAGACACUUUUAAUCAUUUGCAGACCUUUCUUGUUGCAGGAAAGUGAGGGCAAAAACAAACUGGUGAAAAAUAUUCAAAAAUAGAUCUUUUUGAUGUUCAUAGCCAGUAUUCAGUAUUUCUGUAUUGUUUACAAUUGGGGGAAAAUGUCUGUUAAGGCUAAUCAUCUGAGUGAUUUGAGUAGCAAUUAAACCAAAGGGAAACUUUUAAUAAGUUAUUUUAAGCCCUGGUUUAUGGCUAGUUCCCUAUUGCUCAGGAAAAAUAGUACUACUUUAUGGUUUAUGAAAACAACCUAUGAUUUAUGUUGCAUCUUCCGGGGAAGGUUUAACAGUACAAGGAGCUGAAUCCUACCUGAAAUUAUUAAUACUUAAUAUAUUGCUUGUUUGAUGGAUAAAGGUGCUUAAUCAAUUGAAAAAAAAUGCAUAAUGCUUCAAGGUAAAAUUCUGUUGAUGCUGAAUUUAAAAAGAUACUACAGAAUGCGUCAGUUCUCCUGUUGUAUUUUUCUCAGUUAAUGAGAGCAAGCCUAUUUUGUCAGUUUAGAUUUUGUGUCUUUUUCUGUCAGUAUGUAUGGCUCCCUAAAGUGUACUAUUAAAAACAUCUUAAAUGAA